AUGUGUGACCAUGAUGGUGCUAACUCCAUGGUCAGUGAUCAGACCAGGAAGUCUAAAGGGAAAGGAUCUGGAGACUCACCGCUAGAAGACGAUGAAGUCGGGUAUUCACACGCUAGAUAUAAAGACACCCCAUGGUGCUCCCCCAUCAAGGUGAAGUAUGGGGAUGUGUACUGCAGGGCCCCUCAAGGAGGAUACUACAAAACAGCCCUGGGAACCAGGUGCGACAUUCGCUGCCGGAAGGGCUAUGAGCUGCAUGGUUCUUCCCAGCUCAUCUGCCAGUCAAACAGGCGCUGGUCCGACAAGGUCAUCUGCAAGCAAAAGCGGUGCCCCGUUCUGGCCAUGCCAGCGAAUGGAGGGUUUAAGUGCGUCGAUGGUGCCUACUUUAACUCCCGGUGUGAGUACUACUGCUCACCAGGAUACACGUUGAAAGGGGAGCGGACGGUCACAUGCAUGGACAACAAGGCCUGGAGCGGCCGCCCAGCCUCCUGUGUCGAUAUAGAACCUCCUAGAAUCAAGUGCCCAAGUGUGAAGGAACGCAUUGCUGAACCCAAUAAGCUGACGGUCCGGGUGUCCUGGGAGACGCCGGAGGGCAGAGACACGGCAGAUGGCAUUCUAACUGAGUAUCAGGGUUUAGUGCCCUGCAGUGCAAUGUACCGUGUUCACCAGAACCUGUUUGCCCUUUGUGGACAGGACUCGGUCCCUAUGUUUUUAGUGAGCCAGUCCAGGGCUCCCUUGGACCUGAGUUGGGUCAGACCAGACAUUUGCCAGAACUGCAGGAGCACCGAACUGCAGGGUGCUCUCUCUGUGUUGUACCCUGAGAAGUUUUCAUUGGACUCCUUCAAGGUGAAUGUUUCUCCAAUUGACGUCCCACAACAAGCACAGUGUGGCCUGGAUCUUCGACACAUCACCGUGGUCGAGCUGGUAGGUGUGUUCCCGACCCUCAUCGGCAGGAUAGGAGCAAAGAUUAUGCCUCCAGCCCUAGCUCUGCAGCUCAGGUUGUUGCUGCGAAUCCCACUCUAUUCCUUCAGUAUGGUGCUAGUGGAUAAGCAUGGCAUGGACAAGGAGCGCUAUGUCUCCCUGGUGAUGCCUGUGGCCCUCUUCAACCUGAUUGAUACUUUCCCCUUGAGAAAAGAGGAGAUGGUCCUGCAGGCUGAAAUGGGCCAGACCUGCAACACCUGA